AACCCAACUAACAGUCGGGCCCCAGGCCCGUGCUCGCCUCAAUUCACCACUGAUUAUGUCUCCACCUUCCUGUGAGUCUGUACGCUGGGAAGAAAAACAGGAUAAUUGGUUGGAUGCACUUUUGGGACUAAACUAAAUCACUUUUUUCUCUUUUUAACGUUGGAAAGUUUUCGCUCAGGUUCUGGUUGGUUGUGAAAAACGCCUCUCCUUUCUCAUUGGUCCUUUAGUCCUGACAGUCAGCAGUGGUCCCUCCCCCACACAUCUGAAGCUGAAAGCUCUCUGAUGAGAGCCGUUCCUCCAGAGUCCUCAGCACGCACCGGAGUUGGAGGAACAAUUAAGUAAAUGCGGACUUUUUUUGGACUUCAUUCGAUUUAAAGAUUUUUGAAAACGCAAAAAUUUGGAGUCGCUGAACUAACUAUUUACCAAAUAACGGACCUGGUGACGUUUGUAAAGAGAGAGGGAAUAGAGAGCGCUGCAGGACUCAGGAGAAAAGUUUAAAUCCCUGUCCUGUCAGGGGGAAAGGUGAGACGGAUGGAGCUUAAUUUUCCUGCCGCCUCUGUUUCUAAACAACAAAUGGUUUAAAGUUCUUGGUGCAGUUGUUACUUCAGAAACUCUUUGAAGCAGCAUGUCAGACAAGUGCUGUGCGGCGUAACCAGUUGGUCCAGCUCUUCGGAAGUUUCUGUUUGAUUGACUUCCAGGUAAACACCUCGGUCUUUGCGACUCCGCUCUCCCACGACAAUGGCUGGUCUGAGCAAUGUCCACAUGAAAACGCUGGAGGACCUGACGCUGGACUCGGGCUACGGGGCAGGGGACUCUUGCAAGUCCCUCAGCCUGUCCUCUUCCAAGUCCAACUCCCAGGCAUUUAUGUCGGCCACCCACAGGGGCAACUGGUGGUACUACUCUGGUUCCAUGAACAGCAGAAACAACAGCUGGGACACGGUCAACACUGUCCUACCCGAGGACCCCGAGGACAUCUUCUCCAAGUGUCCCCGCUUACCUGAGUUGGAGGAGUUCCCCUGGACAGAGGAGGAGGUGGCCAAGAUACUGCGCAAAGUUUCCGAGAGAAGAUGCAUGAGAGCGGGUCCAACACCUGUGUUCUCCCCGGAGGCCGUGAAGCGGCUGUCCUUUCUGCUGCGCCGGGCUCUGAUCCACAUCUCCAGAGAGGCGCAGCGGCUCAGCGUCAUGCACUGUCGCUGCACACGCUUCGAGGUGCAGAGCGCCAUGAGGCUGGUGCUCAGCUGGGCACUGGCUGACCACUGCGUCUCUGCAACGGUCAAAGCGAUCUCCAUGUACAGCAUGAGCGCAGGUGAAGUGCUGAGGAAGGGCAAGUCCGCCCGGUGCGGGCUCUCCUUCUCAGUGGGACGGUUCUUCCGCUGGAUGGUGGACACCCGUAUUUCGGUGCGCAUCCACGAGUACGCGGCUAUAUGUCUGACUGCGUGCAUGGAGGCUCUGGUGGAGGAGAUCGGAGCUCGGGUCCUGACAGCCGAGAGGGGUCACUCUGCGCCCGAUUCGGGUUCAGGUUGCGUCCAAGUCAGCGCAGAGACCCUGGAGAUGGUGGUGAACAAUGACGCAGAACUGUGGGGGGUCCUGCAGCACUAUGAGCACCUGAUCUGCGGGAAGAACGCCAAUGGAGUGCUGUCUCUUCCGGCCCACUUCAGUCCAUAUACAGAAAACCAGCAGAGUGCUGCGGACAGCAGGGAGGAUGCCUAUGCCCAGCUGGAGCUGAGGACACUGGAACAGUCGCUGCUGGCUACCUGUGUGGGCAGCAUUUCUGAACUCAGUGACCUGGUCUCUCGAGCCAUGCAUCAUAUGCAGCGUCUGAGCUCAGUGCGCCUGGGGUUAAGUCCAGUCCGCCAGGCCCACCCCCAGCAGCCUGUGUCUUGGUCACCUAAUGCCCUCCACACCCUGUACUAUUUCCUGCGCUGCCCACAAAUGGAAUCCAUGGAGAAUCCCAACUUGGAUCCCCCCCGCAUGGCACUUAGCAAGGAGAGGCCUUUCCUGCUGCUGCCUCCUCUGAUGGAGUGGAUGAGGGUGGCCAUAGUUCACGCCGAGCAUCGCAAGAGUCUGCUGGUGGACAGUGAUGACGUCAGACAGACAGCACGGCUUCUUCUGCCAGGACUGGACUGUGAGCCCAGACAGCUGAAGCCUGAGUGCUGCUUUAGCUCCUUCAAACGUCUGGACUCCAAAGCUGCCACAGACAAGUUUCAUCUGGAUUUAGGUUUUCGGAUGCUCAACUGUGGGCGCACAGACCUCAUUGGCCAAGCCAUAGAUUUGCUGGGACCAGAUGGAGUCAACAGUAUGGAUGACCAGGGUAUGACCCCUCUGAUGUAUGCCUGCGCAGCUGGAGACGAGGCUUUAGUCCAGAUGUUGAUUGAUGCUGGAGCGAACCUUGACGUGGCGGUUCCACCAUGUUCUCCAAAGUACCCUUCUGUGCACCCUGAUAGUCGACAGUGGGCAGCUCUCACCUUCGCUGUGCUGCACGGACACAUCUCCGUUGUACAGCUCCUGUUGGAUGCUGGGGCUAAUGUGGAGGGGGCAGCAGUCCGCAAUGGUCAGGAGAGCACGGCCGAUACGCCGUUGCAGCUGGCUUCAGCAGCAGGCAACUAUGAAAUGGUGAGUUUGCUCCUGGCACGAGGAGCUGACCCCUUAUCAAAGACCCACGAUGGAAACGCCCUCACCUCCUCUCUCUAUGAAGACAUGAACUGCUUUAGUCACGCCGCCGCACACGGACACAGGAAUGUCCUGAGAAAGCUCCUGACGCAGCCUCAGCAGGUCAAGGAGGAUGUCCUGUCUCUGGAGGAGAUCUUAGCCGAAGGGGUGGAGGGUGAGGAGGCAGCAAUCUGCCCUUUCCUCUCUCUGUCCCCACUUUCUACUCCUUCUUCUGGCCCUGGGGCUUUGCCAGAGAUGGGAAUACCCAAGCUCUGCAAAGCCAGGAUGAAAGCUCUGCAAGAAGCCAGCUAUUACAGCGCUGAGCACGGCUACUUGGAUGUAACCAUGGAGCUGCGUGCCAUGGGUGUACCGUGGAAGCUCCAUGUGUGGCUGGAGUCCUUACAUUGUGCCCAGCUUCAGUCCAGGACGGGGGUCACACUCUCCCUCCUCCGAGAUUUCACCACCAUUAGAGAAGAGGACUACUGCGAGGAGCUGGUCAACAUAGGCCUGCCGCUCAUGUUCAACAUCCUACGUACCACUAAGAAUGAUGCUGUCAUCCAGCAGUUGGCAGCUAUUUUCAGUCACUCUUACGGCCCAGCCCCCCUUCCGGCCGUCCCUGAGAUAAAGGCAACUCUUUCAGCACAGCUGGACCCCCACUUCCUGAACAACCAGGAGAUGUCAGACGUGACGUUCGUGGUGGAGGGAAAACCUUUUUACGGCCACAGAGUGCUGCUCAUCACAGCUUCUGACAAAUUCAAGUCCCUGCUGGCAUCGUCCGGACCAGAUGGUACAUGUAACAAGCAGGUGGAGAUUUUUGAUGUGAAGUACAACAUUUUCCAGAUGAUGAUGUCUUACCUGUACUGUGGGGGGACUGAGUCACUGAAGGCUAAUGUGCAGGACCUAUUGGAGUUGUUGUCAACAGCCAGCCUCUUCCAGCUGACAGCUUUGCAAAGACACUGUGAACUCAUCUGCUCUCGUCACAUCAGCCUGGACAACGCUGUCAGCAUCUACAGGACAGCUAAGGCCAACGGUUCAUUGGAGUUGAGCUCAUUCUGUGAGGGCUACUUCUUACAGCACAUGCCUGCCCUCCUGGAGAGAGAAGGCUUCAGGAGCUUGUUGUUGGGGCUCCCUGCAGCCCGACAAGGGAACAACAGCAGUUCCACGCUGGUUCACUGUCGCGGAGAAUCACCCCUGGAGGAGCUCAAAUUUACUUUAGCUCAACGACUACGCUCUCUCUAUGUGUCCUCCAGAGUGUGAGAAGUAGGGAGCAGCUAGAAGAGGGGAGGGACUCUAAAUGGGUGGCAGUGCUGCAGCUAAAGUCCCUCCUUGGACCCAGGUUUAUGGGGCAUCUGUAUGGUCAAAGUACAAAGUUUCAUUAACAUUCAGUCCUAGUGGUUGUGGUUGUUGUCAGUGACACUGGGUCCUGAUCCAGUAUGUGAUUAAGCAGCAGGAGCUCGUGUGUGUCUGUGAAUGUAUGAGCUUGCCAUGUUUCUAUCACAUUCUCCUGAUAACAUUCUAUGUACAUCAUAUAUAUGAAGAACAAAUAUUUCUUUUCCUCAGACGCCUAAAGGGAGAGACUUAUGGGCGCGACAGGUUGAAGCUCUGGCACACGAAGCAUUGCUGCCGUCUAGCGGUUGAAACUGACAAAUGCAAUAACGACCAUGGAGGAUCGGAGCUGUAUCAUCUGAGACAUGAGAUGACUGUUGUAUAUAUCCAAGAACAUUUUAAGGCGGCCAUGCUGGACUUUUGGCUUUGUCACAUUUUACUAAGUAAUACGGUGUGUGAGGAACGAAAAAAAUGCGACGCUUCCUGCAAUGAUGUAGCUCUGGGUUUACCAAAUGUACAAUAUAUAUAUAUAUAUAUAUAUACACGUUAUAUAUAAUUACGUUAUAUAUACGUGUAUAUAUAACUUAACUGUUAAAUUUGUUUUGAAGUUGGAACCAGAGAAACAAACUUUUUUUUUAAUUUAACGAGAAAAGAAUGAAGUGAGAGAAUCUAACGGGGUGUUCCCUUUUUAUUUUUUGUAAACAAAUUAAUAUUAAUAUUAUUGUUGUCUAAAUAAAAGGGAAAGUCAGUUAUUGUCACCGAUGUACGGCACACCACCGCAGACAAUGAAAUGUGUCCUCUGCCUUUAACCCCUGACCUUAGUGAGCAGAGGGCAGCUCAAGUAAGUGACCUGGGAGCAGUGUGUGGGGACAGUGCCAUGCUCAAUGCACCUCCAUGGGACAUUGUGGGACAGUGGUUGGUGGACCCGAACCUGCAACCUUGCCGACACAAAGUCUGCUUCCCUAACCACCAGGUCACCACCGUGUCUUAACUUAAAUAUGUUUUUAUGUUUCUGUGUAGCUGAUGUUUUGCAGGUACACUAACAGAUAAUGAAGCUUAUGUACGCUGAGGUUUAAAGCUUGUAUUAGAGGUUCAGCUGCAGAAUAGGGUUUGGACACAAAUGUUCUGUUUUAAUGCUGACUAUAUAAUAAACCUGGCUAACAAAAACUUUAAUUUAUUUUUUUUACUGCCUCAUGCAUUUUUAAAUCAUAUCGAGGAAGGGUAUACUAGACUGCUACGAGGGGUAAGAAAGGGGAAAAAGAGGGAAAGAAAAUCUAUUGUAAAAUGUUAUUAAGAAACUUCUCAUAUGUUCCUUAUUUAUUUCUGCUUUUAUUUUAAUUUAUUUGUUCACAGAACUACACAUUUUUUCACAUCAUUUUACGUCAGCAAACGUAAAUGAUGUGAUUGAAAUACGUCAUCGUACGUCAUUGCGGCCUUUUCUCUCCCUGGUUCGCGCAUGCGUAGCAAGAGCUUUCUAAUUAUCCUGGAAAGGUGUGCUCUGGUUUUUCAAUCAAACAUUUGGUCGUCGUCGAGCAUGUGUGGAUGGCACAAGGGGAACGAUAACUCGACACAAACAAACGUUUUACGUUUAAACUACACAAUGAAGCAGUUUUAUAUGAUGUUCAGCCAAGGAAGGUACCGGAGAGUUUUAUGGAGCACCAACAGCCACGAAACCAUUGGUUGCAAAUAUACGACCGCUCCACCCUCAUGACUCUAAGCACCGAACACGCAGGUUUGAUUUUAGCAGCAACAUCAUGUUUUCUACAGACAAGCAGAUGGGCUAUCGGUGUUUUAUGAACUUCUUCGACCUGAGGGAUCCUCAACAGAUCGUAUUUUGGAGGAAGUCCUGAAGAAAGCUAAGGAG